GCGGGGAGGAGGACCCGAGGAGGGAAAGGACUCUGGGGGAGUCGGUGAGGGACUAUGGGGAAGGACCAGGAGCUGCUGGAAGCUGCUCGCACUGGAAAUGUGGCUCUGGUGGAGAAACUCCUGUCUGGCAGGAAAGGAGGGAUCCUGGGCGGUGGAUCCGGACCCCUGCCCCUGUCUAAUCUGCUAAGCAUCUGGAGAGGCCCCAAUGUGAACUGCACUGACAGUUCCGGUUACACUGCUUUACACCAUGCAGCCUUAAAUGGACAUAAGGACAUAGUUCUCAAACUACUUCAGUAUGAGGCAUCAACAAAUGUGGCAGACAACAAAGGUUAUUUUCCUAUUCAUCUGGCUGCCUGGAAAGGAGAUGUGGAAAUUGUGAAGAUUCUUAUUCAUCAUGGACCAUCACAUUCCAGAGUCAAUGAACAGAACAAUGAAAAUGAAACUGCCCUACACUGUGCAGCUCAGUAUGGACACUCAGAAGUAGUUGCUGUCCUCCUAGAAGAGCUCACUGACCCUACGAUUAGGAACAGCAAGCUUGAAACACCACUGGACCUGGCAGCACUCUAUGGACGACUUAGAGUAGUCAAAAUGAUCAUCAGUGCACACCCUAAUUUAAUGAGCUGCAACACUCGAAAGCACACACCGCUUCAUCUUGCUGCUCGCAAUGGUCACAAAGCAGUUGUACAGGUGCUGUUGGAAGCAGGAAUGGAUGUGAGCUGUCAAACAGAAAAGGGGAGUGCCCUUCAUGAAGCAGCUUUGUUUGGAAAGGUGGAUGUUGUGCGAAUUCUGUUAGAAACAGGAAUUGAUGCCAACAUAAAGGAUAGCUUAGGAAGAACUGUCUUAGAUAUUCUGAAAGAGCAUCCAUCUCAGAAAUCUCUCCAGAUUGCAACACUCUUACAAGAAUAUUUAGAAGGCAUGGGAAGAGCAACAGCCCUUGAAGAGCAUGUACAGGAAGAUACAACACAAGAAACCCACAUUUCAUCUCCUGUUGAAUCUCCUUCCCAAAAGACCAAAAGUGAAACUGUGACUGGAGAACUAUCAAAACUCUUGGAUGAAAUAAAGCUCUGUCAAGAAAAGGAUUAUUCUUUUGAAGAUUUGUGCCAUACAAUAUCAGAUCACUACUUAGAUAACUUGAGCAAGAUUUCAGAGGAAGAACUUGGGAAAAAUGGAAGCCAGAGUGUAAGAACUUCAUCUACAAUAAAUUUGUCACCAGGAGAGGUGGAAGAAGAUGACGAUGAUGAGAACACAUGUGGGCCUUCAGGAAUUUGGGAAGCACUGACUCCUUGUAAUGGAUGUAGGAACCUUGGCUUCCCCAUGCUUGCACAGGAGUCCUAUCCAAAGAAGAGGAAUUAUACUAUGGAAAUUGUACCAUCUGCUUCUCUGGAUACUUUUCCUUCAGAAAAUGAGAACUUUCUAUGUGAUCUCAUGGACACAGCUGUUACAAAGAAACCGUGUUCCUUAGAAAUUGCAAGGGCACCUUCCCCAAGAACUGAUAAUGCCUCUGAAGUAGCAAUUACUGCUCCAGGAACUAGUAACCAUAGAAACAGCUCAACAGGCCCAACACCUGACUGCUCACCUCCAUCCCCUGACACUGCCCUCAAAAAUAUUGUAAAAGUUAUUCGACCCCAGCCUAAACAACGAACAUCUAUUGUGUCUUCUCUGGAUUUUCAUCGAAUGAACCACAACCAAGAAUAUUUUGAAAUCAACACAUCAACAGGGUGUACAGGCUUUACUACCAGCCCUCCUGUUAGCCCACCCACCUCUUCUGUGGGAACUACAGAAGUCAAGAAUGAGGAAACUGACCAUACAGAUGACCUCUCUCAACAGGAAGACAAUGAUCCCCCUAAAGAAUAUGAUCCUGGGCAAUUUGCAGGCCUUCUCCAUGGAUCUUCUCCAGCCUGUGAAUCCCCUGAAAAUCCAUUUCAUCUCUAUGGGAAAAGAGGUCAAUGUGAAGAAAGACAAGAUGAAGUCAGUUUGGCAAACAGUCCAUUACCUUUCAAGCAGACUCCAAUAGAAAAUAACUCAGAAACUGUGGUAAAGAAAAUUAAACCCAAAGUGGUCAGUAGAACAAUUUUUCACAAAAAAAGCAACCAACUCGAGAACCAUACCAUUGUCGGCACAAGAACAACCAGGAGUGGAUCCCGGAGUGGAGACCAGUGGGUUGUGAAUACGGGGGGAUUUGUGGAAAGAGCUUGUACUCUGGGGAGAAUAAGGUCAUUGCCUAGAGCCCUGAUCGACAUGCAUUUAUCCAAAACUGUCUCUAAAUCUGAUUCUGAUCUCAUCGCCCACCCUUCAAAGGAGAAAGUAUCCAGAGUUAACUGGAGUGAAGCUUCAACUGCUGAACACAGUUCUAAAGGGAAUUCUGAAAGAACACCGUCUUUCACAUCUGAAUGGGAAGAAAUUGACAAAAUAAUGAAUUCCAUAGAUGUUGGAAUCAACAGUGAACUUGAAGAGAUGAAUGGUGAAACCACAAGACCCAGAUGCCCUGUCCAAACAGUGGGACAAUGGUUGGAAAGCAUUGGGCUACCUCAGUACGAGAACCACCUGAUGGCUAAUGGAUUUGACAAUGUGCAGUUUAUGGGAAGCAAUGUUAUGGAAGAUCAAGAUUUGUUGGAAAUUGGUAUCCUUAAUUCUGGGCACAGACAAAGAAUUCUACAGGCAAUCCAGCUCCUUCCAAAGAUGAGACCCAUUGGUCAUGAUGGUUACCAUCCCACCUCUGUAGCCGAGUGGCUGGAUUCCAUUGAACUGGGUGACUACACCAAAGCCUUUCUAAUUAAUGGCUACACAUCGAUGGACCUUUUGAAAAAAAUCUGGGAAGUUGAACUUAUUAACGUUUUAAAAAUCAAUUUGAUUGGCCACAGGAAACGCAUUUUGGCAUCUCUGGGAGACAGGCUGCACGACGAUCCUCCACAGAAGCCCCCUCGGUCCAUCACCCUCAGGGAACCCAGUGGUAAUCACACUCCUCCUCAGUUGUCUCCAUCACUUAGCCAAAGCACUUACACCACUGGUGGCUCCCUAGACGUUCCUCACAUUAUCAUGCAGGGCGAUGCAAGGAGGAGAAGAAAUGAAAACUACUUUGAUGAUAUUCCCCGAUCAAAACUGGAGAGGCAGAUGGCCCAGGAAGAGAACCAUGUGGAAGUGCUGCUAUGGCCAGGUCCCUGCCUGGAAUUCCACACACAGUGUCUUAUUUAAUCCUCACAACAGCCCGUGAGGAAGCCGAAGUGGGUGAGUGCUGUGCCUCACAGCAGGUAAAUAGUAACUGUGUGACCUGGACCAAGUCGUGUGGUGUCUCCGAACUUCAGUUUUUUUUGUCUUUGAAAUGUGGAUGAGGCCUGCUUCUCAGGUGUGUGUAUAUCAGAUAAUGUAUGUGAAAUCAUAAUUAAGCUGCAAAGUGAUGGACAGAUGGGUAGGAAGGUAGGUAAAUGACUAUAAAUUCUAACAUACCAUCUGUGGGUCCCUAAUUCAAAGAUCCUUGACUCAUUGCAAGAACAAUUAAUGCCAAAAGCAAGUGGUCGGAUGGCUGUAGCAUUCUAUAAAGACCAUCUUUUUAUUCUAGUGUUAUCCAUGCUUAGAAUGUAUAUUAAGAGUGGAAUUGGAAUAUUCCUUUUGAUUAUCUUAAUUGUGUAAAUACAAAGUCCACAAUACAGCAUACAUCAUGAUACAGAGGGAUCAGCACCAAAUACCCUCAAAGCCAGGGAUAGCAUAGGAUAGAAGGAAUCCUCCGUCAAUUCAAGUUACACAAGUAUGUCACAAAAGAUACUUUAUGUUAAUAACAUGCUACUACUAUAACAUGGUUACAUAAGACAGUGAGAGGAGAGGAAUUUUGCCUUAAAUAAAACUUAGAACUUUUUAAAAAUACAUAGUACACAAAAUAGGUAGCUAGAGAAGUAUGAAUAUUCCAGAAAGCCUUGAGGCAAACACCUAUCUCUAUCUGGAAAGUGAAAAGAUUGUAAUUUAUCCUACUCUAUUGGUCCUGAGGAAAAAGGCCUGUUUUUCCUCAAAAUUCUACCCAUCACUCUGGCAUUAUGGGAAUUUACAGAAUGAACCUUCAGAAAAUAAUUUUCAACAGCUAGGUUGAAAGGAACAGCAUUUAAUAAAGUGAUUUCCCCCUGAAACUCAACAAGUUUUCUUAUUACUAUUAACAGCAGAAAAUUUUUCAAGUCUGUAAGUUAGUGGCUAGUUUUUAAUUUAGAUCUUCAUCACAUAGCUGCCACUUGGAAAGCCUCAGCCUGUCCAAGAUUUCCAAAUUUUCCUCCAUGAAGGUCUAAAGAGCAACUCCUAAUAUUUAAGCACAGACAGAUAAAAUAUAACCAAAAAAGAAGGUGAAGAAUCAACCCAGUAAGCUCUUCCAUCAGGAAUUUCCAACUUGACAGCUUGUCAAUUAACAAGCUGAUACCCCACCCCAGGGACCAUUGGAAAUGUGGGUAAUAUCUUGCCCUGUUUCAAGUCAAGAACUCUAGACCAAAGGCCACCCAUGACCAAAGGCAUCACACCAAGCAGAAGUGGAAGAGGUGCCCUCGUACUUGGAGCUUAGACCUGAAGUCUGCACACCUUGUUAAUUCACAUGGUUAGUUCAUUGCCUCUUCUCAAAAUGCAUCCUGCCCUCACUGUGACCAUGUAGGGAUUAGGAAGUUCAGUACAAUUAGUGUAUUAUAAAUCUUGUACAUCACCCUUAAAUAAAUAAUCAGAAGAAAUGAGAAAGCUGCUCGAAUGGAUUCUUCUUAGGUUUUGAUACUCAUCUUCCAAGUCUGGAUUCUUCUGUUUUCUGUCAAGUCCCCCAAGGAAGCAAAUGAGAUGACUGGGAUUUGUCCUGACAGAUCCCAGUCGGACCUAAACAGCUCAAGUUCUUCUGCUAGGAAAGCUCUGAUGUUGCCACCGUCCAUCCAAGUGCUGGGGCUUGAUCCAGGUGACUGCUUCCAAUUAAAACAUGACUGUGUGUGUGUGUGUGUGUGUGUGUGUGUGUGUGUGUGUGUGUGUGUGUGAAUCAAUACAAGAGAGUCUAUCUUCAACUGAAUAAAUAAGAAAGAUGACAAUAUAUGAAAGCCUAUUUCAGUGGACUUGACCUUGUGAUUUUUAGCAGUGCCUUAGGCCUGCUGACAUUGAGCAGCUUGUUCUCAAAGAAGCACACCAGGCCAUUUUUCUGCUUGUUAAGUUUUUUGAAAGUUCUUCAUUACAUUCAGUCCAGUUCUUGAGUCCACAGGUCAGAGUUUUGACUGUUAUGAUCUGACCUUGCUAAAUUUUAAAGGGUAGAAGAAUUCUUUUAUUCUCCUUCUCCCUCUUCCUGUUCUUUUUCCAGUGUUGAAGAGGUUUUUUAAUGUCUAAAGGAAAUAGGGCUGAUUGUGCAGUUCUGCCUCCAUUAAUUCUUUUGGUAUAUGACUGAAAUAAGAUAUUAGUAAGGACUCUAUCUCCAGAUGGCUUAAGCAGAGAGAGUAUCACUUCUCUGCAACAUCCCUGUGGUCUGGGCACUGGGCAUUCCCAUGCUGCCUUGCUCUCCGCCUUCCCUGACUCAGCUCUGGGCUCCUGUGUAUACUCUUCCCAAACAGCCUUUCUCUGCAUGUGGGGAGAUUCAAGCCCAGUUACUGCUAAGCUUGAACCUGCAAGAAAGACAGCUUACCUGUCCAAUAGCUCCCUCAAAGAACCCCAGGACUGUGUCCUUUCAGUUGAGAUCAACCUUGUUUGGAUCACUGAUCCAUCCCUGACCUAAUGGGGUAGGAGGUUAGGGGGUUAGGGGGU